AUGCCUUGCAUGCCAAAAAGUGUUGACCAAGUUGCAGAUGACUCUACAGAUUUGUACACCCAGGUUCUUCAAAACUGCAAAAUCCCCACCACCAAGAUGGCCCCUCCACCAGAGGAAGACCAGGUCAAGGGCACUCCAAUGGACAAGGAUGCUGGUGAGGCUGAGGCUGAGGAGGUUGAGGUCAAUGUUCUGGCUGAUGAGGGCAGUCAAUGUCCUGAUGAUGGGGCUAGUCAACUUCCAGAUGAUAAAGUAGAUGAGGAUGGUUCUGAAUCAUUGCUUCCUCCAUCAUUGCCACCAGCUGAAGACUCCAGUUCUGACACUGAGGAUGAGUUUCCCUCAUGUCAUCCUGGUCACCAUGUGGAACACAAACCUAAAAGCAAGGGCAAAAGUAGGGCUAUGGAUAAUGCGAAAUUUAAGAAGACUGGGAACUUGUCCCAUGCUGCUCUCAAUGAGAUACAUGACUUUGUGACCAAAGUCAAGGCAAAAGCAGAUGAACUUGGACAUCAACAUGGCAAGUCUCCUUGUGACAUCCUUGUCACUGCUGGGCUCAGUGUCAAACCAUCUCACACAAAGCUCAACAAGGCCAAUCUCUUCCACUCAUGGUAUUGGGCCACCCAACCAAAACCUGAUGGCACCAACCAAAACACAGUCAACAAUAUCAUUAUGGCAGAGUACAACCAACUCAUGAAAGAUAUCCCCAAAGAUGACACUGCAGCAAGAAAGGAGAAGUUGCAGGCCAUUUAUGAGUGGAUCAGAGUCCACAAUGCGAAGACACAGUUCUCCAGAUUGGCUGAAGUGUGGUUGACUCUUGAAGAUAUUGAAAUUGCUGGAGUUGUGAUGUAUGUUGGACAAGACCCUGCAGGCCACCAGACCUCUGGCAUAUUUGGUGGUUCCAAUAUCAUAUGA